AUGGCCCGGUCCUCCAAGCUCAUCACCUUGGCGGUGGCCCUGACCUUCGCGUCCUUGGCACUCCAGAGCCUCACCUUCCUCGGCGUACCCAGCCGCGCGGGUUCAGCGACGACGGUAUCCCCGGCACACCUGGCGACAGCCGCAGCGGUGCCGGUCUUGCUGACCCCCACGGCGGCCUUGGCGGCGGAUGGCGGCAUGCCCUCAGUGGUGCUGGGAGUUGGCAUUCUUUGCAUGCUGGCAGCCUUCAGUGCAGUGUCCAGCGUAAUCAGUGCCACCGACUUUGUGAAGAUGGAGCUUCCCCUGCCCAGUCAUGAGCAUGUGCGAAAGCAAGGGCUUUUGCACCGCCGGAAGCGCUCCUUCUACUGCAUUUUCAUCUCCCACCAGUGGGUCUCAUCAGAGCAUCCAGACCCUGAGGGCAAACAACUAGCAGUGCUACAGGAAUGUUUGACGAAGAUUUGUGAUGGAAGCAUCGAGGUCAUGAACGAUGCAGCCUCCCAGCUCUUUGGAGACAUCAAGAGGUUAUCGCCUCAGCAGCAGGCGCGCUUGCAGGAGGCCUACAUAUGGCUGGAUUGGAUAAGUAUUCCUCAGAUCCGCGAGCGUUCGACCAGCCAUGGGAGCACGAGAACUGACUCGCCCAUGCACAGCAUUAGCUUUCGGACCUCCCUGCGAAGCUUUCGCUUCCGGACAACUUCAACAACCACGAUGACAGACCCUUGUCUCAACGCAAGUCCCAAGGAACAAGAGAAGUACAUCCUAUCGAUUCCUUCCUUCGUCCAGGCCUGCCAAGUCUUUGUGGCUUUAGUCCCUCCAGUCCCUCAUUGGGACACUGAUCAGCUCUGCAACUACAGCAGUUGGUUCACGAGAGGCUGGUGCCGAACUGAGCUUUGGUGCAAGAUGAUGCUGGGGAAUCAGGACAGGGCACAUGCUGUGAUCUCCGGCGGUGACAAAGCGGACUUCGCGCGACCGGUGAACUGGGUGGAUUGCUUGCCACAUGAAGGGGACUUCUCUUACGAUGGAGACCUUUCACUCGUGACCAGCAUUUUCGAGCAAGCCUUGGCCUACAAGCUCCUUUGGCUCCAGAUGGAAGGCAAUUGGGACUUGUACCGCUAUUUCCUGGCCCGACGAGAGAGUCUCAUCGGGCAGGCUUUGGAAAAACGCGCCUUGGGCGAAUUUCUGGAGGACUUCCAUUUCGACGUCGACGCGAAGACCACGACGAUGAGCCCUCUACUGUGCGCCUGCUUGUCCGGGGAUUUGCAGCUGGUGAAGACACUGCUGCAGCAGGAGGGCUUGAACCUUCAUACUCCAUUGAAGUCAAUGAUGCAGGUGGGCAUUGCUGAGGGUUUGACAGCUCUUCACGUACUGCUCAUGCACGGCUGGCGCUGCCCCGGCGUCUUGGAGGUGGUGUUGGAGGCCAAGGCUGACGUGAACCUCGUAUCAAAAGGUAUACCUGUCCUUGCCUACUGCCGCAGUUCGGAGGACGUAGAGUUGUUGGUAAAGCACCAGGCUGAUGUUAACAAAGCGGCCCCUCCUCUCGGAGUGCCAGUGUUGGCUUUGGCAACUGGCGAGAAUUGCAAGCCGGAGGUCAUUGACUCACUCUUGGAGGCCCGUGCCGACCCCAAUGGCCGCUCGGGCGGCAUCGGUGCCACACAGCCCUUGGCCCUGCUCUCCAUGAAUGCGGCCUCCAACCCGCAUGCAAUGGAAGUGGCCAAGAUGUUGGUCUUGGCGAAGUCGGACAUCAAUCAGGUGUGCCGGGCCAGCGGAUUGUUCUACGGCCUGGAACUCUUGAACCGUACAUAUCUUCGUUUUGCCCGGCCACGGUCGAAUUUGAUGCUGCUCACUGCAGAGUGGAGCACCACACCCUUGGGUUUUGCGUGCAUGUUCGGCAACCGCCAGCUUGUGGAGCUUUUGCUGAAGGCUGGAUCCAGCUUCACCACCCGAGGUGUUUUGAAACAGGGCGAGUGGUGGCCGAUCCCGGAUUCGCCGACCUAG